AGCAGGCGCUUCGAUUCGUUCCGUGUUCUUACAGCCUCGUACAAACUCUUCGCUUACGCCCGCCCCAUCCGUUUGAAUCCCGCGCAACCUGUAUCAACAGUGGUAGGUACCACUACACCCUCGCCAAUACUAAAAAUUAUUACGGAAGUCAUCAUCUAUAAAAAGUAAAACUGUAUUUCUAUCCCCACCAUCUGUUUGUUAAGGACGCUCAAAGCACAUAAAGAAUAUCAAGGGCUUCUUAAUAGUAAUCCGUCCGUUGAUUUUUUAUGAUUCUUGAUAUUAAGGACCACUUCGAGUUGGACUAGCAUAUCUUCAGGAAGAACAGGAUGUCGUUGGAUAUGGUGGGGAAGGUGACCCGGGCCAAGUCCCGGGGCGCCCGAGACAUGGCCUCGGUGAUUAUGCAUUUGCACGACGAGGAGAUGAAGUUGAAACAUGAAAAAGUCGCGCGGACAGUGAUCCCAUCGAAAAAACAAGUCUUGGAGAAGGAGGUCGAUGACUUCUUGGAAAGGAAGCUGCAGAGUGAAAUCGAGAGAAAGUACAUCCCAGGCAGUCCAUUGGCGAAGCAAGUAAUAUUAGGGCUUCCUCUAAUUCAUUGUAAUUGCUAUCCUCGUCCAUCGAUCUGUGGCUGCUCAUCUAUGAUCGGGAUCAUCCCUGACCCUGAGCCGCACGGAGUUGUACCCAAAUAAUACCAGGGAGACUCAUCUACUACAUCUGCGGGGUCUUCUUGAGGGAAGAUCUCCACAGUGAUGGACUAAGGAGCUUCGCUCUAAUGAUAGCGUCAACAAGGAGUAAAGCACAGAUUAAGCCGCAGGGCCAGCCAGAUCAAGUGUUUGUGGGGCAGACUCACAACUUCACCUACGUCCUCGAUAGUCAUGGGCAUGUCCUUAUCGACGAUGAUUUACGCUUGGUGCAACCUGAAGAUAUCACCUUCACGCAAGAAGGCAAAAUCAUGGUGAUCGAGUCUUUAUUUUUUUAUCACUUGUUUGCCUAGUACGUUCAUGUUGAGUUGUUACAGGAGAAACCACAGCCACACAAGUAGCCAGCACUACAAAAACUGAAAAGCCCAGUUGUAAGGGCCUUUGGUAUCAAUUGAGCACCUUUAGCUUCACCACCUAUAGUAGUUUAGGCACAAUGAUCAUCAUGUUGCUAGAGAGACUCAGCUUGUUGAGCAGUAGAUACGUUGCUUUAGACCUCCUCCCUAUCAGUAUUUUUCAUGUUGAUCAUGGAAGAGCAUGAGCACUUUGAUUUGUUUUCAGGUUGAUCGCAGCGCCGGAAAUAAGGCCAAGGCUGCGGCCGAGGAGCAGAGUAAAAAAGAGGGGUCAGAUCGGCAAACUCAAACAUCAAGAAGGCUCUCGUCUAAAAGUGAGCCCAAUUUUAGGCCUCUCGUGCGGGAUGCGAUCGAAGAAAUCAGUAGAGACUAUCACCAGACAGUGGAAGCUUCCGUCGCAAAAUACGGCUUCGUUCCUUCCUGUUACAGCGAGAAGAAUUUCCAGACUCGACCCAUCAAUCUCGUACUUCUACUACUACAACCUUUGACUUCAUCAGGUGGGAAAAGUUCAGUAGUCACUCUGCUAAAAAGAUUCAAAUCCCUCCGCUUUUCUCGUUUGUAUCUUUUGGUGUUAGCUAUGAGUUGUUACUCAAAUACGUGUAAGUCCUAAGCGUGACUGCCACCUUAAAUAUAUUUUAGUUUGAUGUAACUUCUUAAUCUUAUGUUUGCAAAGAAUUAGAAUAGUGAAGAUGGCGGCUCGAUACCACUAGUUCGUGGUACUACAACUACUAGACACUGACACUCGCUGAUGCAGAUGACUUCUUCGCGCAUCAGCUAAUGAUACACUGAAUCUUUCACAACUGUAAUCUGAGUCUUCUGUCUGAAAAUAAAACCCCUGCAAUCUAUUAACUUUCAUCUUUCUCUUUGAUCUUUCACAACAGGCCAAGACUUUAGACAAGGAGGAGACCCGGAAAAAAGUGAAUUUAAGGCUGCCACUUCUAAUCUGUCAUCUCUAAAUCGGGAUCCCCCAACCUGAAGAUCCGUGUUGUUACUAUGUAUAGGACUGGUAGUUGUUCUCUCAUCUAUCUAUCGAUACUACAAGGAGGAUAUAAUUUUUUCAUCUUGAUGAGGGAUCCCCACGGAUGACACGAACGUACGAAUGACACGAGCUCUAAUGAGGAAGCAAAAAAUAUACGACCAUACAGAGAGCUUGUUGUUUGAAGCCACGCAAGAAGAGAGCGAUCGCCGAUUGGAACUGGCUUGUUGGCACGCAAUGAACGAGAAACAUCGUGCCUCAAUAGUUAAGAUGAGUAGUAUGUAUCUAUCUACUUAUCUAUCUAGCUCUAAUAAAUUCCAUUGACAACUUGCUUGAUAAUUAUCCAUUUUUUUGAUUUUCUUGAUGGCUGUUCGUGUGCGCGGCACCAUGAUUCGGGGAAUAUCGAGUCUGAAAAGCACGACCAGCGUGCAGCAUAUGCGUGAGCACAUGAGCAUCAACAUUCCUUAUCAGAUUUCGAGGUAGAGGUGGAGUCAGGAGGUGGGGAUGAACAUCAUUCAGUUGAAGGUGCUGUUGAAUCCCCUCCCCUACCACGUCAGGGUCAGACUCACGACCUCGAGAAUGGGUCUACCACUACUGCUAGUGCUAUUAACGACCGAAUUAUAUGCUCUAAGAUAGGAAGUCCCAUCAAGUUGCAGCCUCGACACAGCCCGGAAUUUUGGCAGGUAAGAAUCAAUCUUAAUCAAUCUGAAUCUUUGUUUUAGUCUUUCUAAUAUAUGUUCUUGAACUAGCCUCCACAAGCUUCGCCCGGCUUCGCGCUUAGCUUUAACAGUCCGCCGCCCACGGGCUACAGCUAGAGACAGCCCGCGGGUCAGCUAUCGAAAGUUCACCUUGAAGAAUUGACUGCGUAGAGCGUGCCGGCGCUAACCGACUUAGACACAUUGACCCCUGGGCAGAUGAGUCGGCUGCCUUCGGUUUUUUUAUUGGACUGCCGGGGGGUCACGCAAAUCCUUAAGAAUUUGCAAGACCCCCACGGCAGUCCAACAAAAAACCCGAAGAGGACCAUCGUACACGCGUAAGGACCGGCAGGCCCCCGCGCAUAUAUAUAGCCGGGCGGCCGCGGUGGCAGGCAAGAGGGGUGACCCUGGUGGGUCAAGAAAGAAAGCGCAUGGGCGUGCCGGUUUGGGUCUCUCUACGUACAGCUGGCAGGAUAUCUUGCCUCGUCGGACGCCUUUGGAAUUGGAUGGUGGGUUCUUUCGUCCAAACGAAGCGCGUCCGUGGCCCAGGGUAUGUCUUUCCUUCGUCGGACUGACGUCUUCCGUCGGGUCGACGUCUUUCGUCAGGCCGAUUUCUUUCGUCAGGUUGACGCCUUUGCCUCGUCGGGCUGGCGUCUUUGGUCAGGCGGGCGCCUUUCGUCAGACUGAUGCCUUUCGUCAGACUGAUGCCUUUCGUCAGCCUGAUCAUGCCUUUCGUCAGACUGAUUCGUCAGACUGAUGCGUUCUGCGUCGGGCGUCUUGUGUAGGAUCGACGCCUAUCGUCAGCCGUCUUUCGUGAGAUGUUUGCCCGACUCAUCUUCGACAGUCAGACGCCAGCCCGACGCCAGGCGUCUCGCUUUCGUCAGAUGUCUUGCGUCGGAUGUCUUUCGUCAGAUGUAUUUCGUCAGUGUCGAUGCGUUUCGUCGGAUGUUUUUCGUCAGAUGUGUAUCGUCAUGCGUCUCUCCUCCGACGUGGCUCGCCAGUUUUGUUAUCUUCGACGCCUCUCGUCAGGCGUCUUUCGUCGGCCCUCGGGUGUCUUGCGUCAGAGAGACGUCGUCCGCCCGACGUCGGUCUUCCGUGUGGAGUCUUUGCUUCGCCAGCAGGCGCCUUUCGUGAGGCGACUCGCUCUCGUGUGAAAUGUCUUUCGUCGGAUGUCCGUCGCCGGGCGUCUUUCGUGAGGCGUCUCUUGUGAAAGGGCUUGCGUUUGGUGUCUUUCGUCUGGUGUCAGUCUUUCGCCAGACGUUUUUCGUGUCUUCGGUCAGUGUCAGACGCCUUUCGUGAGUCUUCUUUCGUCAGACCUCUAUCCCUAACUGGCGCCCCUACCCCGGUCGGAAAUUUUUUGCGGCUUCUUUUCUGGAAGUAUGCCCGGGGGCUUUCUCGUAAGUUCACGCAAAAAAGCGGUCGGAGACUAUCGGGACUGGGCGGGAAGGGGCUGGAGACUAUCGGGGGCUAGGACCUCCAGGACUAUGAAUCACACUAAUUGGCGCCGACUAUCAAGUACACUAAUUAGCACCUUGCUUUUGCAGCAUAGGCCCAAACCCUCAUACAUAUUUGAAUUGGACGAGCAAGGCGUGCUGUAAGUACAAGAACUCCUAGUACAACAAGAAGACAUCUACUUAAUUUCAAGAACACCUCCACCUACUUUUGAAGAGAACCAAGACGAGAAAGAGAUCGUAUACAUUCAUAGAUUGUACUUCUCUAAAGGAUUUGCACUAUGUUGAAGAUAUUAUCUAUUUUCAUCCAUUUAUCGUUUCCCACCCAUCUCCACGUACAGGAUCUCGUGGAUGAGAAAAUCGGUUUGUUGCGUAGCGCUAGAUUUGCCUAUUUUGUUUCGCGAAAUCCCGACCUUGAGGCGGUAAAGGCCAUCGCGCCAGACUGGGUAGAACGAGGUGAGAUCAGCGACUGGGACCAAUAUCAUUAAGGGUUGUGAAUUGAGAUUGUCGGAGUUGAGUUUUUACUUUUAUUUUCCCUAUGCAUCUCAUAAUUGAGUUUGAAUUACGAAGAGUACCAUCAUCAUACAUCGAUCAUACCUUUACGACGUACUUCUUUGUGCUGCGUUGAGGGAUAGAGAUUUCUUCUCACAGGGGUAGGAAUGACAAUGUCUUCGAUGCUGGCAACAUGAAGAUGUAGCAUAUCUUUCUACUUCUAUCAGGGGCAUAUUAGCAUAAGCAUUAGGUCAAGGAGAGUAGGCGUCUAAUUUGUUUUCUGGCUGUCUCGCAACGCAGAUGGGAGCACGAAAGGAUAUAACCAGCUGGUCUACGAGCAGGGUGCGAAUUAGGGCUUUGAACACAACUAGAGAGUGGAUGAAUAGAGAACUGAGGAUGAAGUAACUAGUAGAUUUUCUAGUUCUUGUAGUCCUGAAGAUAGUCCUCAAUAAAAAGUCGCUAAUAUUGAUAGGGAACAUCAACUUCUAAAAUAAAAGAACUUGUUCUACUUCACCAUAAGGGAUGAACAUCAGUUUUUAUUGACUGAUGAAUAUUGAGCUCUGGGCUGCAGGUGGUGCUUAUGGCCCAGAGCCCUGACCACAUCCCUCCACUUCGUCGGUUAAUAGAUUUAUAAGUGCUCUAAGUAACAUAAGAUCUUUACCUGAAUCUAGUCCAAACCCAUCCUCAAACCAACUUCCACUCGAUCCCAAUCAAAAAACUUAGUGCAGCAGUUAGUUUACUUAACGACCUACAAUCUUCUAGCACCUUCAUCAUUAUUGACUGAUGAACAUUAAUACUAGUUUUCGUUCGCCUUCGCAUCUAAGAAGCCAAUAGAGGAGUGCACCUGAAAGAUCAUCGUCAUCUGCUUAGUGCUCAAAUUGCCCAGAUGAAAAAGGACGCCUUGGUUAGUCGAGCAAGCGCUCUCAUUGAUUCAGAUCGGCGUAUUGCAAACCAAUCGCUUGAAGCAGCAAAAUAUCAGAAAUUGUUGCAGCGAGGGGGACUAUUGAGCUCAGCGUCGCCGAUGAGACAUCAAGAGUUCGAAUCGAUUAAGGCGUCAUAACUACAAGGUGUAGAGCUAGAGUAUGACUAUGAAGUGGGCAAAAUAAAUUUUCAUCACAUUGUCAACAUUCAUCUUCAAGAACAAGGAUAAGCCACUAGUAAAAAAUACAUAGAAUCACCAUUUUCACGUUCACGAUCACGUAUUUGUUGUUUGAUCUUCAUGUUCACGCAGGAUUGAAGUAAAUCAAAGAAAGUCUGUUCUUUUCAAUGUUUGGGAAGAAUGCUUUUCUACCAGCACAACCUUUACUUGUAAGCAGCACCUAGAUGCUCUUAUUAUUUGAGAGGCUCGUUCUGGUCAUCGGUAUGUUGUAAUUAACAACACCAAUUGACGGUAGCGCUAACGUCGUCAGAUCAGCAACAUUGUCAUCAUUAUAUCACAAUAUCAUCAGCUCCACUACGCCCAAGUUUUCAACAGAUACAUGUGAGGCACUGUUACACUUCUAAGAAAUUGCUGGGUAAAUUUGAUAAUUACGGACAGGGGCAGAUGUCUGUUUCUUUCGACGAGGAGGGCCAAGUGCGAAGUGGUAUCGUUUCCUCAGAUCCUCCGCGAAAGGCCUCGAAACCACCAAAAAAAGCCUCAUCGCGGAAGAUCGAGUUUGGGUUUGCGCCUCUUAUCCGCCGCAAAGAGGGGUCUGCUAUUGUGGACGAACCCCCAGAAGGUCUGCUCACGGGAUCGCAUUCGAGCCAGGUAGAUGAACAACUUGAUGUAAAUUGAAUACUAUUUUUACUAUGCAUGCAAAUAUAUUAGAUGAACAUGUUCAACUGCAACAACUACAUGAAGCCUAGCUAGUACUGCUACGAUACAGGUGCGUACUAUCUAGACUCUCUUCUUCUUGCUGUACGGUCCUGCACUAGUGUGGUUCCCGCUGACCCUGCUUGUCUUCUUUGUCUUUCUCAAUGAAAACAGUAAAGACAAACAGGAAUUGGAAUACAUAGGGACAAACAGAAAUUGGAAUAGCAAUAUUUUUAUUUAUUCUGUUUGUCUUGUAGUUUUUAGUGUAAUUUUUUGCCUAGUACGUCCAAAAUGAAACUAAGUAGAUUGAAAAGAACAGCUUCACAAACGCGUAGGGAUUAUGCCACAUUUUGUUCAUUGAUAGAUUGUGUUCUGAUUCUAUGUUUUAUCAGAAGUAGGUCAUUUGAAGCAUUGAUACCAAUUCUUGUUGUCGCUAUUUGCAAUUUGACUAGUGUUUUGACAGGAUUUUCAUAAUGUUCGACAUAAUGGACAGUAGCCGCUGCGUGUUCUGCAGCAACUGACUUUACUUCACAACCACGAGGCCAAUAGUACUACUACUAUUUCGGACAGGUCGUGCACUAGUAUGAUCCAAAUCCAUGACGAUAAUGUUCUUGGUAUUGCGAUUCUACUUACAUUAAUAUAUAACUAUAUCCUUAGCCCUGCGACCAUUGUCGUGUGGUCGCGUCCUUUCGCUUGAGCAUACAGGUUCUCCCUGUGGACGGCGAGUCAAAUCCUCUUCUAUCUUAUCCUAUCCUAUCUGAUCCUAAACCUAAUAUCACCAGGAACGAAUAACCUAUGUAGACGGCCAGGCUGUUGAGGAAAGGUCCUCGACGUACCGCUUCGCUGAUGACGAUGCGCACCAUGUGGUCGAAGAUCUGCUUCCGGACCGCCUCCGGAAGACCGCAAUAUCCACUGGACACACGUCGACGAAAUCCGUUGGUGCUGAGCGACCGCCGUCGAAGAAGGCCGUUGAUGCUGAGCGACUGCCGUCGACGAAGUCCGCUGGUGCUGAGCGACCGCCGUUGACGAAGUGGGCUGGUGCUGAGCGACCGCCGGCGACGAAGUCCGCUAGUGCUGAACGACCGCCGUCGACGAAGUCCGCUAGUGCUGAACGACAGAUCUUGACAAAGUCCAUUGGCUACGGCAACUUACCUCCGUUGCUAGUUUGUGAAUAGCCUAAAGUGCUGCUCGUUCUCAUUUUUCUGUUUUCUUUUCUAAGACUUCAGUACGAGUACCAGUUGUAGACGUCUCAUCUCAUCAUCUCUCUUCUAACUCGUUGUUGUUAAUGAAGUUGUGGGGCGACGGAACGGAUCCGUUAACGGCGGUGCAGAGCGCGGCGACACAAUCGAGCCAGGUUCAGCAUCACGAGGCGCUGUACAAGGACCUACGGAUGAUGUCGACAGCGGCGCCAUCCCGCAAGAUGGCGUUGAUGAAGAGGUUACGACAAAAUUAGACAUAUAUUCACGAGUUCCAAGAUCAAAACUUUGUUUCAGGCCUACACCAAGUACUAGUAGUAGAUUCCUGUACAAGUAGAACCAUUUCGUAACUCCAUGUCUGAAUGUAGUUUCUGUUUCAAACUGAUAAAUAAUAAAAUCAUGCAUGGUUUACUAUUAUUUGGCAAAUAAUAUGCACCGCAGCGGAGAAAAGAUGGCCUAGAGGACUGUUGCAUGAUUUUAAUCGCAUUCGCAUGUAGAUCUACGACGUUAGGACUAGCUCUAGCAGAUCCAAACAUUCUUGUUGAGGAAUGCAUGCUGCAUUGAUAGAGUAAGAGUAAAAAAGAAGUGCAUCUUCAGAACUAGUAGCAUAUCUUCGAUGCACCAUAUUCGUCUAAUUUCAUGCCGGGCAUCGAGGCUCGUGGAGGUGAUCAGUAUGAGGACGCAGGUGCUAGCGGAGAUGAGGACUACACUCCGCGAUCCGACAGAAACGCGAAUGACCCCACAACCGAGCAGCGACCCGGGUUCGGAAGCGCCGUGUAUCGAAUGAUGGCCCCACGACCAGGGCUAGAGGAGGACUUUCCGAGAGAACGCGCCUCGUCGCAGAGACCACCAAGCUAUAAACUUCCGUCCGGCGUGUCUGGUCCUGGUCCUGUGUCUUACGUUGAUAUGUACCCCGAUAUCACCGGAAAAGACAAUCCGGCAGCUCUUAUGCUAUUCAUCUGGUGAUCGUGAUGAUUGAUCUUGAUGGUGCAUGAUAAUUUCGCAAGAGAGACGAGGUCACCAACAUUAAUGUUAAUCAUAUGUAAAAAUCUAUGCUAGAAAUAGAUAACGAUUGACAUUUCCAAGCAAUUUCAAGUUCACGAUUGCAGCAAAGGUUGUGAUUGAAGAUUUGGUAGAGAUGCAACAACUACCGGAGGGAAGGGGAGCAGGAGCUGCAAAAAAUACAAGAUGGAUAAAAACUCCUCUAAGAUGGUGGGGUCUACUGUCGGCGCAUCAAUGAUACAGCGUGUUAUCUCACCAAACAUUCCUCAAGUCUUGGCGGAUCCGCACUACCUUUGCGGAAAGCAACGAGGAUUAAGGCUGCAACGUUUUCUCCUGUAGUUGUUAAGUGGAUCAUGAUAGAUCCGUUGGUUGCUGGCCAAAUUAUAUUAACAGAGUAAUCAUGGUCAAAAGAGUCUAGAGUAAGGCUACCACAAAUCCAUCUUUACAGGCAUCCUGAGACCGUUUUGAAGGAGGAAAAGGUUCCAGGAUGCGGGCGAAGAUGGAUUUCUUUUAGUUUAACUAGAGAGGUUUUUCGAGGGAUUGUUGGGGGGAGAAGGGGGGCCCUAGUGGGGGUUGGGGGGGUAGGGGGGGCCUACCCCUGCCCGACCCCUGUCCAACCCCUGCGCAACCCUCUUCGCAAGACCGCAAGCGUGAGGCCACUUCGCCCCCAACCCUAUCGCAAGUCCCAAGCGCUACCUCCCCCGAUGGAGUCCCCCCCGCCGCGAGGCAAGACGCGUGGGCUUGGAAUGCAAUAGCUUGCAAGUGCGCGGCUUACUUGACUCGGAUGAAUACCGACCGGCUUCACAACCUGAGGAGGACACUCACCAAACACGCGCGACAACCCUGAAAGAAGAGCAAACUCCAAAAAGGCUCCACUCCGGUUUUUGGGGCUCACACUCCGCGGACUCGGUCCGUCGACUAUCUUCGACAUUUUCAGCGGCAUCGAAUAACGAAAAAAGUCGAGAGCUAUAAUCUUGCUGAUGCCGUUACUUCAAAAAUUGAGAUGAGUGACGUUACGAAUGUGCUGACCCCUGAUAGAGGCCGUGCGUGGUUUUCCGUCCUCAGCGUUCUACGAUGCGGGCUGUGCCGCGUGCGGCGGACGGACUGCGGGCUAUGCCGCUGCCGCGACUAACAAGACCAAGAGGGGGGAGGGGGGCCGUAGGGUCGAGAAAGGGACCCCCUGGGCUUUACGGGAUUUCUAGUCGUGUAGGCUACCUUACCACUUUGAAAAUGUAAACGGAGGAGGCCCCAGCCUGUGUUAACUUCGCCUAAUUUAGCACGACAGCACAACUAUGACCGCAGUGAGCACAUCCACAGGAACCACAGGAACCACAGGGACCACAGGAACCACAGGAACCACAGGAACCACAGGAACCACAGGAGCCACAGGAACCACAGGAACCACAGGAACCACAGGAACCACAGGAACCACAGGAACCACAGGCACCACAGGCACCACAGGCGCCACAGGCACCACAGGAACCACCGGCACCACCGGCACCACCGGCACCACAGGGACCACAGGAACCACAGGAACCACAGGAGCCACAGGAACCACAGGAACCACAGGAGGCUCCAGCAGGAGGCUCCAGCAGGAGCACCACAGGAACCACAGGAACCACAGGGACCACAGGGACCACAGGCACCACAGGCACCACAGGAACCACCGGCGCCACCGGCACCACAGGGACCACAGGAACCACAGGAACCACAGGAACCACGGGAACCACAGGAACCACAGGAACCACAGGAACCACAGGAACCAGCAGGAACCACAGGAGGCUCCAGCAGGAGCAGGACCCGCCUGGCGAUCGCUUGGCCCGCACUAGAAAUCCCGUAAAGCCCAGGGGGUCCCAUUCUCGAGCUUAAGGAGGGGGGCCUACCCUUGUCCCACCCCUGUGCUUGUCCAAAUGGUCAAAAGAGUCUCGCUUUUUUGGGGGAUUGUUGGGGGGAGAAGGAAUGGCCUAGGGGGGAUGGGGGUGGCAGGGGGGGCGACCCCUGUCCAACCCCUGCGCAACCCCCUUUCCAACUUCCGCGCCAGAUCAGACGCGGGGACGCUUGUUGAGAGCCUGAAAGAAAACUGCAGAAAAACCAGCACCACCGUAGGGGGAUUAGCGUCGCGCAGCUCCUCUGUGGGAGUGUUCUUGCGGAGGUUGCGAGCGAGGUACCUUAAGGGGAAGGGGGGCCAACCUGCUGGCAACGCCUUCACACCUCCCCAACUGCUUGAUGAUUUUCGUGGCACAAAGCCGAAAAAGCGCCGAGUCUAAAUGUAAGUCCGAGAGCCAGCCGCGCGGGUUGGGGGCCAUAGCUGUAGGCGCGCGGCUAGCUCCUCGCGGAUCUGGACACCCCUCGAGGAGAGUGCGGCCGGAGAAGUCCGCGGGUUGGCAAUCUCGCCAAGAUAGACACGCGGCGCCUAACUUCCGCCCGGGCAACCGUUCAGGCCCCCGGCGCCCGGUCGCAACCGACAACGCGAGGAGGAAGCCGCAAAAAGUGCCACUUUUAGAGGCUGGCCCCGUGGUAUCUCUCUGAGAAGAAAACCGCGGGGGCAAAAGUCUGGCAGUUGGUGGGCAUCGUCUUGCCAAGCUCCACAAGCUUGCUCUUGAUAUUAUAAGCCGCGUGCGGUGGGUCCUCUUGCUCUUAUUUUGAAGGCGCUGGCUGCAUCCAUAUGAGAAUGAGAAACAGCCCAAGGCGCUGGGCUUUAGGGUUCGCGCUAUGGUGCCCGUUUCUUCGGGGGGCCACGCUGCUCCCCAUCUUUCCCUCCGCGGCGGUGGUGUCUUUGCUUUGUCUUUGUGGGGCCAUGCAUGCUGUAGCUUUGGGGCUUGCCCAUACGGUUCCCCAGAGGUCUGGCCGUGUGGUGUUUGGGGAGGGGUGUGGUCAUGCGGUGCCUGGGGGGUCUGGUUAUGUCUUUUUCGGGGGCUUGCUCGUGCUGCUCUGGGGGGCUUGGCUUUGGUCAAGCUGCGCCCUAGGGGUCGCGUCGCGUGGGGGGGCGAAGCCGUGGCGAGUUUGGGGGGCUGUGGUGCGUUUAGAGGUCGGGGCGUCUGUCGAUGUUUGGGGUUCGUGGUGUGUUGGGGGGGUCGCUCAGCGUUUGGGGCGCCAUUAUGCGCCUUAGUUAUUGGCCACGGCGUCGCUGGGGGGUUCUGGCAUACGUCGGGGGUUCGGCGUAGGUGUAGAGGUCGCGGCGUCGAUCUGUGUUUGGGGGGGGCCGGGGGGUGUGGUGUGUCUGGGGUGGUCGUUCGUGGUGUGUUUGCGGGGGUCGCUCGGCGUUUAAGGACUCUGGUUGCGCCUUUUUGGUCGUGGCAUGUGCCCGCCGGGGGGUCGCGUCGUGGUGUGUCUGGAGGGUCAUGGCGUGUCGUAGAGUGUCUGGGGCCGCCUCAUGCUUGGGGGGUCGCGCUGUGUCCUCUCGGGGGGCUAUAAUUCUGUGCCUUGGGGGCUACAUAAUGCCCAGAGGUUCGGGCAGUAGUAAUUAAAUUUGCGCGCGGGGUCAUGGUGUGCCCCCAUGCGCGUGCUCGUAUUCAUUGCGUUUCGGGGGCCGUAGUGGGUUGCUUGGAGGGUUAUGGCGUGUCUUCUUGGUAGUCGUGGUGUGUUAGUAAGUUUGGAGGGCCGUGGUGUAUUUGGUGCCUCGUGUGUUGCUUGGGGGACGCGCUGCGUUUGAGUGGCCACGUUGUAGCUUUGGUCUGUGCUGUGCUUAGGGAGUCGCGCUGUAGUGUUUGGGUUUGGGAGGUCGGGCUGUGUUUGGGAAGGUCGGUCGUGCUGCGUUUGGCGAGGUCGUGGGGCACUUUGGGGGCUGAGGUGGGGUCGAUGGAUGGGCCGCCCCCGCUCGUUGAGCCAAAAAAGAAACCUGAGAGCAGCUAGCCUGAGGUGAGAACGCGGGCAGCUCCGACCGGAGAGGUCUGAGCGGCCAAAGCUGGCCAGCCAAACUGCCUGGGCAAGCUGGGCGGGACCAGCGAAGACAAGCAGGGCGCGCGGGCUUGGGCUCACCGACGUCGAGCGCACCUUACGGCAUUGGCAACACCUCCGCCCCCGCGCGCGCAUGGAAGUCCUCUGGGCUUGUCUCAUUAUGGAUUUGCGAAGACAUCGUAGAUGUCUGGCUAAGCCAGUUUGAGUGAGUCGGUUUGUUGGAAGGAACGUGCUUCGGUGUUCACUAUUCAUUCGGGGGCCGCGCAUCCUACACGCGGCAUCACUAUCACUAGUGGCGAUUCUCAUUCUCAUUCUCAUUCUCAUUCUUAUUCUCAUUCAAUGUGUACACAUUCUCACUCGCUUUCUUUUCCCACCCUUCCCGCCUUGUGCGCAGCUUCGUCUUCACAGCUCGAGGCCGACCUACGUUUGGGGCCCCGAGUCUUCACUCGGACUUCCCUUCGCUUUCUCUUCGCAAACUUCGCAUUCUCCUUUUCGCGUUCCUUCAGUCCCCUACUCCGCCUAGCUCGUCUGCCCCAUUGCCGAUCCUGUGUGGUGAUCAUCAUCAUUCACACUCGCAUACUUUGUUUGUGAUCCAUCAUGGCAAUGUCGCAGGCGGGCUAGUACGGAGUACUGGUGACCGCUGGCAAAGUAAUAAUCACGCAAAUUGUUGCUCCUUCAUGUUGCGGCUCGGUCAAAUUGGCGUGGCUGGCGUGCCUAAUUGAUUCCGCGCGCAAGGGUUUCGGGCUCCGUCCGUGGGCUGCUUCGGGCUUUGUUCCUCUCCAUCAUCUCGACGGCAGCCGCCAAGGCCAAGGGGCGGGCGCUCCGUGCCUCAGUCGCUUGGAUUUGCUCUCUCUUAUGUUUCUACUCUGUGCCUGUGGCUGUGCUGUUAUCGGGGUUAUCGGGGAGGGGUCGCCCAAGGGGCGGCCCCGGUUUCUUGUACAUGUUACAACUAGAACAAUGCAAAUGUUGUAGAAGCAAUUUUUUACCAGGAACGUCAGAGUAUCUCUACCUGCCUAGAACGCUGUUGUUGAUGCGCUAGUGCUGGUCGUGCCUGGUGAGAGACCGACUCCUGGAUGUCCAAGAGGGCGUUUGAACUGCCUCCCUUGAACUUAAUGUUCUAAGUCUGGCGCCUGGUCAGCAGAUUGCAGAUAUAGCAGUGGAAGAGUUAAUGCGGGAAUUUCGUACCUUCCGAGAAAAGCAACUCGGUGCAAGGGUUACGGCCAUGAUGUAAAUGUAAUAUGUUCAAACAAAGUCAUCGUGCCUCCAUUGGUUUUUUUAGCGGUCGAGUAGUAGAAGUUUUAGUUCGAUAAUAAUUCUUACAGUGAUGAUGAAAGAUGAACAAGUUCAAAAUAGCCAGUAGCAGCACGUGCUGAACUGGUGCUUUCUUUCAUCUAAUCACGCAUUCAAGAAGCAAGCGACGCCAAUUCUAUCUUCAGCGAUGCGGAUUAACAAAAAGAUGGAUGGCAUAGCACCGUGGAAAACCUGGGUGAAGACUAUCAAGACAUUCGACGAAAAUCUCAGCUCGGUACUACCACGUCCAUUUAUACUUGAUAUACAUUCAGAGUUAGCCAACUGGUAGGCAGAUCAGGUUGUGAAAACAAUUUUAUGCUGUACUAUAAUAGAGUAGUUUAUAGAACGGAUGUAGGAUGGACUUGGAUGGAUCGGAUGGACCCCCCUGAUUCUUCCGAUCCUACUUGAAAUGGUGGGAAGUCCAUCCGAUCCAUCCGAUCCAUCCGAUCCAUCCGAUCCAUCCCAUCCCGGAUCUGGCACCCCUAUAAACUGCUCUACUAUAAGAUCUUCCAAAGAAGUACUAAUGAGUUAUAGAUUGAAGAACUGAAUAUGAAUGUAUGUUGCAUUGCCACGUCGUCGUCCUGAGCUUGAUAGAUUAGAUUUGUCUUCUUCAUGUCCUCUGUUUUCACUGUUGAGAAAUACGUGCACCCCAAAGAAGAGGAAGCUCUUGUUUUUCUUCAUCAUUUUCAUCAGUGGAAGUGGCUCAGAGUCGGGAAGAAGCGGCCGGAUGGCACCUAUGCAUACAUUCGAGUUCCUAACGAAGGGUUCUAUAGAAAGGCACAGGACGGCGAACAUGUCGAAAAGAAAGGGCCCCGUCUUGCUGGCACUCUCCCUCGAGAGGUGGAAGUAAAUGUUUAUAGUCGCAAAAAUCCCGGACUCUGUACCGGUCCGCCAAGAGAGGGCGGCGUGGAGAACCUUCGCCGAGUAGUACUGACAAGGCAGCGCCCCUCAGAUUAAGCCAGGAGCUGCUUCUGCUGACGUACUGAAUGGCUUUAGCUACUCAUCUUGAUCUUCUUGUAUCUACUUACAUUUUUUUGCCAACAACUUCCUAACUAAGCGGCCUGACCCACCUACUUUAGGUUUAGGUGCUGGCCGCACUGGUUAGCGGCAACCAACGAGUUGAUGAUUCAGCACAUUUUUCUUUUGCUUUGGCUUUGGAGAAAAGAAUGUUGAUUUCUCUCUUUGUGGAAGAAGUAUUAAUAUCUUAUUCGACCGUGUCGGUGACGGUGGAUACCAUGGAGGAAGAGGAAGAUAGAUACAUCAACUUCAUCGAAGUUUCCACCUCAAUACUUAGAAAUCGGAAUUGCAAUAUAACCUGUCUUCUAAUGAGAAGCCAGGGUAAUGCGCGAGCUACUGGAAGCGCAAGAAGUGAAAGACUUUGUGGAGGAGCACAAUUCGAUUAUUCGAGAUGCAGG